CCGGGUGGGUGCCGGGGGAGGUGGGGAACUGUUGGCAAUUGGGAACUUUUUUUUUUUUUGGUUGCUUUGCCCUAAUCGCCUGGGAGCGAAACCUGCGUCGCUUAUCGUGAAGUAGAGGAUAGAAGGGAAAGUGACGAUACCAUCACCACCACCACCAUCAUCAUAUCAUAUGCCCUUUCCUGAUAAAAUCCAUAUGUAUCAUCACCAUCACCAGCCAUGCCGCCUCCGCCCUCCAUCUUCUUCUUCUCCCGCUUGAUCGCUCCCUACGCCGGCACUCCGACUCGGAUCCCCAACCGGUCGACUCGCUCCUUCUAGGUGUUUCCGGAAAACUCUUCCCCCCGCUCUCUCCACCCCCGCCCCAGCGGUUUGACUCAGGUUUAAAAGAAGUAAAGAUGGACCCGAUGGAUAUUGUUGGUAAAUCGAAGGAAGACGCUUCUCUUCCUAAAGGUAGAAUCUCUGGUUUGCAAGGGAUCGUCGCUUUUCUUUUAUGGAUCAAUUAUGUACGGCUUCAGCUGUUGUUUGAGUUUCCAUGUGGUGUGUUGUUGAAUGUUUCGAUUUGACAUGCUCGUUGGAGGAAAUAUUUGAUGGAUGAUACAAUCAAUGGGAUCUUUGUGUUAUCGGUUCCUUGGCUAGAAGAAACAUAGGAGCCAACCCCUGAAGAUAUUGGAGCUGGGCUGGGAACUAUUAAGGGAAUGGUUGAAAGAUCUUCCGAUGAAUAACUUACUUGGGUACCUAACCUUAUGGUAGGUCCUUUGACUGUAACUGUAAGAGUAAUCGUUUCGCAAGGUUAUGAGGAGACUAGGCUUAUUGGUCAUGGUCUUUUGUGUGCUCUGGAUAGGCAAAUUAUGCCUUGACAUGAGUUGCAUCGAUAUUGUCAAACCCCUCUGUCGCAGGGGAGAGGCGAAUAGGUAGUAUGGUUUGGUCGUGUCAGCUGUGUAUGAAACUCUUAGCCCUCCCUUUCAAUUGUUCAAUGGUAUCUUGCCCUCUUACUUAGUCAUGGGGUGAUGUCACAUUGUCACUGUAAGUUAAGUAUGGUCUUGAUGUCUGAGAAUUUGUAAUGGGAUUUCUUGAUCACCUGGAGCUUCAUUUCGUGCCUUGAUUACUCUUUAUCAGGACUAAUGUUGCCGUUGUAUGAUAUAACGCAUUAAGCUGUUAAUCCCUUAAUGGUUUUCUUUGUCUAUGAUUUCUAUGCUUUUGCAUCAUCUAAAAUGCUUGUCGGUGCUGAUUCUAGUUGUGCGUGUUGGAUUAACAUGUCUGAUCUUCUACUGACACAGAUUGUGUGUUCUUUGUUCGCAGCAACUAUGACCAAAAUUAUUAAAGAGAUGUUGCCACCAGACGUUCGUGUAGCACGGGAUGCUCAAGAUCUUCUGAUUGAAUGUUGUGUAGAGUUCAUUAAUCUUAUAUCCUCAGAGUCUAAUGAAGUAUGUAGCAGAGAAGAUAAGCGAACCAUUGCACCUGAACAUGUUCUCAAGGCUCUGGAGGUUCCUACCUUAUUCAACUUUUAGUACAUCGAGGAGGUUUAUGCUGCUUAUGAGCAACACAAGCUUGAAACAAUGGACACUUUGAAAGGUGGUGGCGGGAAGUGGAAUGGAACAGAGAUGACGGAGGAAGAAGCAGCAGCAGAGCAACAGAGAAUGUUUGCAGAGGCAAGAGCGAGAAUGAAUGGCGGUGGGGUUGCUGCCCCGAAGCAACAACCGGAGGACGAUAGAAGUUUAGAGAGCUAAUUUGUAGUAGUGGUACUUCAGCCUUUUUCAUUAUCUUUUCUUGUACUUGAAAAGAUUGGGUUUGGGAUAGCAACAUAGGCAGUCAGGCAGGCAUCUCUCACAGAAAUCUUCUACCGUGCGCUCCUUCUAGUAGUGGUUUUAUUUUUUUCACUCAUGAUUAUUAAUAUAUAUAGUAGGUUUGUACAAAGAAUGCAGUUGGCAAGUGCAGUUUAGUACCGCUGUGGAUAUGCGCUUGGAUAUGUGUACUUUAGCCCCCUUUGGAUCUUCACCGUGAUGUACAACUCAGGAAAAUGUAAUUACUUCCAAGUAUGUCCUCCAGACACCCUUCUUCUUUCCUUGCGUGUUACCUUGUGUUGUAAAAGCUCAAUGAUUGUGUAGACCAAGGAUUUUGAAACUAGAAAAGGAGGUUAUAUUAGAAAAGCCAGUGGUAGAGUAUUUUGUACUAAAGUGGUGGUUUAAUUGUAGUUCAACCAUUUUAAAGAGCAAAAAAAGUCAUUGUUUUGGGUUUAGUGUUCGGAUCGAUCGAUUGCUAUGGUAGUGUUUCUUAAACAGUGGUUAGACGCAAUGUUUGGUUUUAGAUGUGGUCAUUGCUGCG